AUGAAAACUUCUGACGUUUGUGUAAUAUUUUUCUUAUUAAUAUCUAUUUCUGCUGAUCAAUGGAACUAUGGUAAUCUUGGACCAGAUAUUUGGAGUGAAUAUUAUCCAUUAUGUUCUGGUAAAUCACAAUCACCAAUAAAUAUUUUAACAGCAUGUACUGUCUACAAAGAUUUUCAACCAUUUAAUUUUAUUUUAACACUUGAUGAAAAACAUUAUUUUACAUUAAAAAAUAAUGGACAUACAAUAAUUAGUACCAUUAAUAAUCAACAUAAACAAUCAUCUAUUGAAUUAACUGGUAGUAAUUUAAAUGGAACAUUUGAAUUUGUAAAUUUUCAUUUACAUUGGGGAGAACAUUAUAAAUCAGGCAGUGAACAUCAAAUAAAUGGUGUUAAAUAUGCUGGUGAAAUACAUUUUGUUUAUCAAAAUCGUCAAACAUCUCAAUUGGCUGUACUUGGUAUUUUUAUGCAAAGUCAUUUACAUAAGAAGAAAUUUGUUUUUGAUAAAAAUGAUGUUACACGUAAUGAAUGGCAAAAAUAUUUUGAUAAAGCACAAACAUUAACAUCUGAAAAUGAUUCAAUUUCAUGUGGUUUAAAUGUAACAUCACUUAUGGGUGAAAAUUUAAAAGAUUUUUGGAGAUAUGAAGGUUCAUUGACUACACCACCAUGUACAGAAGGCAUUAUUUGGACAGUUUUUAAACAACCAAUUGAUUUUAUGGAAGAACAAAUUAAAAAUUUGAGAGAUAAUGUUUAUUUUGAAGAUUAUCGUGGUCCUCAACCAUUAUAUAAUCGAACAGUUUAUCGAAAUUUUAUUCAUGAAACAUCAUCAUCAAUACCGGAUUAUAAUCUAUGUUUAUUAGAUUCAGAAAAUAAGAAAACUAUGGACAUGUUUUCGAUAUUUGGUGUAAUAAAUUGUUCAAUACUGGGACCUGAUGUUUGGUAUGCAAAAUAUCCUACAUGUGCUGGUCAAUCACAAUCACCAAUUAAUAUUUUAACAGCAUGUACAAUAUAUAAAACUUUUACACCAUUUAUAUUUGGAUCUCGUUAUAAUGAACAACAUAGUUUUACACUUAAAAAUAAUAGAUAUACAAUUGUUAGUACAUUCAAUAAUGAACCUAAUCUAUCAGCUUUGAAACUGACAGGUGGUGGUUUACAAGGUAUAUGGGAAUUUGUAGGUCUUCACUUACAUUGGGGAGAAAAUCAUAAAUCAGGUAGUGAACAUCAAGUAAAUGGUAUUAAGUAUGCAGGUGAAAUUCAUUUUAUAUAUAUGAAUCCUAAUACACGACAAACAGCUGUACUUGGUAUAUUUAUGCAAAGUUCAUUUAUUGACAAUGGAACACCAAGCAGUACAGCUUAUUUCAUAGAUGAAGACGUACGAAAAGAAUGGAAAAGAUUUUUUGAUAUAGCACAAACAUUAAAAACAGAAGGUAGUACAGCUAUAAUGCGUUUAAAUUUAGUAUUACUUAUGGGCAAAAAUCUACGAGAUUUUUGGCGAUAUGAAGGUUCAUUAACUACACCUCCGUGUACACAAGGUGUUAUUUGGACUAUGUUUAAAGAACCAAUUAUUUUUAUUGAAAGUGAAUUUCAAGCUCUUCGACAAAAUAUUUAUUUUAAAAAUAAUCGUGGUUCACAAUCAUUAUAUACUCGAAAAAUUUAUCGAAAUUUUUUUCGUGAAACAUUAUCAUCAAUACCAGAUUAUAAUUGUUGUCCAAGCAGAGAUUGA